UUUUUUUGGGGCCUAUGUGUAAGAGUAGAACCGUACUCGACAAUGAAAAAACACCGGUUGGUCUUUCCUAAGUGAACAGCCCAUAAACAAAUCAACCCACCAUUUCAAAACCCCCCAAUCGAACCACCAAUUCCGUCAACAAUGGAGUCAUACUCCGGCGCCGGUGGAGUUCCGGCACCAGCAGCAAUCAUAUCAUGCAUCUUUCGAAACUUUCAUGAUCCGACGGUUUAUAUGCGCCGGCAUCGUUUCACUUGUUGUCUGCGCCUUUAUUCUUCCUAUAAAGAGGUGGAACAUGUCAUACUUGCUUAGUGCCUAUGGCAUCCAUCUACACCAUACUCUGAGUAUUCAAUUUUUUACAGCUCACUUGAGCCAUUUGUUGGAGUACUACAUGCUGAAAGCUUCCAUGGUUGUAGGUUUUCAGCUUGGGUACACUGUGAUAUUUGGGUCAUAUGCAUCAUUUUUCUUUGUCCGCACUGGACAGAUAGCAGCACCACUUGUGUCUACUAUUAAAGGAUGGUGUUGACUUGAAGCAUUGUGUAACAGCUGCUGAGUUUAAAUGUCAUGACGAAUUUAAUUACUUUAGCGCUACCUGUAACUGUUAGUUCUGGUUUACAAAAUAAGGCUAUGCACAACGGAUCAGCGGGAAUAGUUUUGAUUUUUGAAGUGUACUGAUGGGUGCUUAGUAGGGCAAGUCUUACGUUCGUCGCUGCAAUCAAAGAAGAUGAUAUGCAAUUGAUAAUGGGAAACCCGAUAUUGAUCGGCUGCAAGUGUAAUUUUGCAACUUAAACUGAAAGUUUGCAUUGGUACAAGAAAAGGGAAACCGGAAGGUGGAUAUUGGUCACUGAAAAUUUAGGGUCAACAAUCAGAAAGUCAAAGGUGUAAAAAGUCAAUGCUUGACAUAUAGUCAAAAUUGUAAAAAAAUCAGUCAAUUAUGCUCAGAUGGCUAAAGAUUGGAUGCUGGUCAACUGUGGUCAAAAUUCAGAAAGUCAAAGUUGAUUUUAGUAAAAGAUGGACAACUGUACAAACUGUUCAGGAGUUAAAAAAAUGACAAUGUCAAGAUCAAGCGGUUAUUAACGACUAAAGUCAAGGCUCUUAAAAGUCCAAAUGGGUUGGUUUGGAUCGAACAAAAGUGGGAAGAUUUGUUAAAGGUGGAUUGGAAGAUGAAGAUUUAUGGUAUUCAUGUUUGUGUGUAUUUCAUUAUCUAUUGGGGUUGUAUUGUUAAAAAAAAUAUUGAAUGUGAGAAAUUUUAGGCCAAUCUACACCCACUUCUUUGUCACACUUUUUAAUUAAAUGUUUAGAACCUUCUAUAUCAAGUGUAUGCAAAUCUUUGGUAUAUUUAUCCUCCUGUUGUUAAAAAUUACCUAGUUUCUGACUUUCCAGAUUGUCCAGCACACAGUGGCCACAAUCAGAUAAACCGCCUUUCUUUUUGUUUGGGAUGUUUAGUAGUUCUUGAUGAAUUCCAGCAGCUCGAUGACACUUCAUAAGUACCUUGGUUGCGGGACUUUCAGCCAUUAGAAGACAAUUGACCAUACCAAAUGCGCGAGGCUGCAGGUAACUAACAAAUGAUCGGUUGUUUCAUUACAAAAAACACACAUGGCCGAUGGCAAUGCAUCCCUUGUCGUGAUCCAAUUGAGGUGUUUCCUAACAUGUUUGUAUCAUGUUGGUAAUUACACUUGUUUAAUAAUUAUCUUGACUAGUUUGAUUUAA